UUUUUGAGAAUUCAAAUCUUCAAAAAUGGUAAUUAUAUGUGAUAAACUCAAGGGAUUGUUAAAUAUUAUAAGGAAAAUAAAGAAAUCAGAAAAAGAAUUAAGAAUUUUAGUUUUAGGAUUAGAUAACGCAGGAAAAACUACAAUCUUGAAAGCACUUUCAAACGAGGAUAUAAGUUAAGUUGGCACAACUCAUGGAUUCAACAUUAAAAAUUUAUAGCAUGAAGGUUUUAAAUUAAAUGUUUGGGAUGUUGGAGGUUAAGAAGUAUACUAUAAAAUUGAAAAUAGAAACUUCGUGAAUAUUGGAGUAAUUUUUAUGAGAACACAGAUGCCCUUGUAUUUGUAAUUGAUUCUUCUGAUUAAAUGCGUUUGGAAGAGGGGGGAAAGGAAUUAGAUAAAUUAUUAAAUGAAUAAGAACUUAAAAAAGUACCUGUCCUUUUAUUUGCUAAUAAAUAGGAUUUGGUAUAAGCCUUACCAGCAGAUGAAGUAUGAAUAUCAUGUUUAAAAAUUAAUUAGAUAUCUGAUACCUUGAAACUUAAUAAAAUUACUGAUAGAUAAUGGUCAAUUGUAGCCUGUUCAGCCAAAACGUAAGAAGGUUUACAAGAAGGAAUGGAAUGGUUGAUAAAAACAGUUAAUGACAAAUGAAAUACAUAAAUUUAUA